CAAACAGAUAAAACCGGAGACCUAAAAAAUCUUAAUCAUCAUCAUGAAGGUUUGGGUUGUGUGUAUGCUGCUGUGUGCUGCCUUUAGACUGAGGACUGCUACAGCUGCAGCAAUCGAGACUGAACCUGAGCAGGAUCAGAAAGUUCCAGGGGAAACUACUGAACUGGUUGUGGAGGAGGUUAUCGAGGCAGCUGAGGAUAAGGUUGGAGUUCUUAAAUUAGAUGAUGAUGCUGAAGAUAAGUAUAACUAUUGUCCAUCUGGAUGGGUUAAGUAUGGAUCACGCUGCUUUCGUCUUAUGAGGUCAAUACAGUCCUGGCUUAAUGCGGAGGCUCAAUGUGUAGCUCAACAAGCCAGACUGGCAUCUGUACACAACCUUGGAGAAUAUAACUUCCUGCAGAGUUUGCUUGACAUGGCUGGUGUACCAUACGCUUGGAUUGGAGCUUACUACUUUCAGGGUGCAUGGCUGUGGGCUGACACAGCUCGGUUUCAAUACACUAACUGGUACUCGCUCAUCGAUCCAUUCAGCUGCCCAUGCACUUACAUGAGGAACAAUGUUGGAUGGUCUAACAGUAACUGUGCAAAUGGAUAUGCAUUCGUCUGUGCUAUUGACCUACAUGCAUGUUAAAGAACAUAAAUGAAUAUUUGUCCCUUAUUUUAAUAAAUAUGAGUAACUGUAUAUCAUUAUGAGCAAAAUAAAUUAUUGAUUGUUUUGAGAAGACAUGUCUUAUUAACAGUAAUAUAA